CCCCCCCCCCCCCCCCUCUCUCUCUCCGCGCCGCGUUUGUGUGUGUACACGCAAUGAAAUAAUUAUAUUGCAUAGUGUCAAAAGAAUGAGUAGACCUAUAAUGUAGUCAUGAAGAUUCCGUGGUGUUUUUGUCAUUUCAAUUGCUGUUUCUUUAUAUUAUUAUUAUUAUUAUUAUUAUUAUUUUGCAUUCAAAUUUCUAAAACGGGAGAUCAUUUUUAUGAACAGCAUGUACUUUUAAUCUAAGCUUUGGCUAAAAAUUAAGCGCUCUGCAAAAUGUACGCAAAGUUUAUCUUUCCUACACAUAAUAUAUUAUAGUUAAUCUAAAACUCGUCUGCUAUCGAUAUUUUAUCCCAUUAUCAGCGUUCAUUAAUUAUGCAUACAUUUGAACGACAAUGAUUCGCAACAGUCCAACUAAUGGUUCCAUGUUAUUUCCGAACCAAGGUAAAUUCACUUGGCAAUGUAAUACUUUACUCAGCUGCGGAGGCCACCUUCGCGAGGGUUGACAGAUUGCCCAUUAAUUGAAAUAUCAAUACUCGUUUCUUGCCUUCACAAGAUUUGGCAAUAUGAGACAAUGUACUUCUAAUACAGUGAACUAUUACAAGUGAAAGUUAUAUAUAGUUUAUUUACAACAUUACUUUUUCUCCCAGGACAAACGCUGCCAGUGGUACUGUUAUAGAACUUACCGGAAUAGUUUAGCUGCAUCAUUAAACGGAUAUAAGACGCAGUGUGGUGUUGUGUGACGAUGACACAGUUCAUAGCAUUUGCAAAUCACACAAUUCUAGGCCAGUUAUAGUAAUUACACUUUAACUAAGCGUCACUUAUAUGACCAUCAAAUAAAGAAAAUAAAACGAACAGCAACUGCGUAUUUUAACACAGUCUAUGGGAAUGAAACAGACAGGAUGGUCAUAUAUUAAUUGCUCUAGUCAACAUGUUUUCUUUCAAAGGAUGGUAAAACAGAACUUCUAGUGAAUGCUUUAAAACAAUACGAGGAUCAAUUUCACGAGUCAACAUGUUUUCUUUCAAAGGAUGGAAACGUAGAAAUGCUCGAUGUCAACGUCAUUGAAAUUUUCUUCAGUUUUUGACUGUCAGAAUUAACUAUUUACCUUGUAAGAAAUAUUCUAUUUGCUAGUUCAAGGUAUUUGAAUUUGAUAAAUAUGGGUGUGUGAAAAUAAGCCACGGCGCAUGACUGUAUCGGUAAAUCACCGCAAAACCUUGAACCCUUUUCUGCUGACAUGAUGACGAUUGCAAAUCCGUAUUUUAAUUAUAUAUUCUUCGCAGGAGAUGACGUCUUUGGAGUAUGACCUUGCUUUCAUCGCAGUGGCCGCCGCCAUUUUGAUUCUGCAGUUUGUCUUAGGUCUGUUCUUCAACCUAGUCGUGCUGGUAGCCAGCCAGCGCGUCCUGUUGACAAACCAGGACCAUGGCCAAGGGAACCACUUCAUCCAAAACCUCAAUAUUGUCGAUCUCAUCCUGUGUGUGACCGCCAUUCCGGUGACGUUGGUGGCGCUGUUCAAGUCCUAUUUCCCCCAUACGCUGUUCUGCUACUUCCUCGAGGCCAUCGUUGCCUUCGUCAGUGUCGCCAGCUUGAUGACGCUGUUGAUGGUCACUCUGGACCGGUACUUCGCGAUUGUUACGCCGACAAGAGAACGCAUCAUCACUACUAAACUCAAUUAUUUCUUGAUUCUUAUCUGGAGUCUAGCCGUAUUAUCUUUCUGCACACCAUUUUUCGCUCUCAACAAAGAUUCGUUGUCAGAUGUAGGUGUGUACUAUUUCAGCUGUAAUUAUGUCAUAAACCACAACAGCCCUUACUACUUCUACGAAUUGUGUUAUGUGUUGAUUUUUGUCAUCACCACUGUUGGAAUGAUCCUCUUCUAUGUCGCCAUUUGCAGGUCAGCGUCUAAACACAGUAACAUCAUAACAGCUGUUAUGACAGUGUCCGGAUCCUUGUCGGAAGGGACAAUGACGGGCUACCUACAACGUAAGCGAGACACUAAGAGACUGCGUGUUUCCAAGGGAAUAGUCAUCACGUUUGCGUUACUAUGGGGACCGCACGUUGUGAUCACUGUCAUACAGAUGGUGGUCAGUGACAGUAUAGAAAUCAGUAUGGCGAAAAUCGUCUGUCUUCUGUUAGCAUACACGACCACUAUCGUACACCCAUUAAUGUACGCGGUGAUUCGCCGGAAGAUAAGAGAUGAGAUCAUCAAAGCGUGGAGAAGGAAAGUAGCACCUAUGCCACAAAUGGAAGUUGGAAUCUAACAGAAAUAAUACACGACAAAAGUGUGCGUUAAUAGUUCGUCUAUACACAUGCUGAUCAUGCAUUAGUUUGUCAAUUGUGAUUCGCUUGUGGGUGUUUUUUUUAAUUUUGUUUGGGUUUUUAAAUUUUGUAUGUGUGCAAUCAUAAUGAACAUGGUAAUACCGGUCAGGAUAUUUACAGUGGCAAAAGAGAUCUAUCAAGGAUUAAAACGACAGCAUCGUUGUAAUUUCUCUGUUUUUGCCACUCUCUGUCAAGAAAUCGGGUAAUUUCAAUUUGGUAUUGGGCAAUGAUACCCGUCAAACGUAACACAUUUCGAGGA